AAUAAUGAUAACGUUGUUUUGCCAAACAGAGAGACCGCAGACAGCAACAGUCGUGAGUCGUGAGUUGAGUUCUGAAUUCUGAUGUACUGUUGUUCUGUAUAUUAUAUUUAUGCUACAUAGUGCAUUGCUGCACAUGGACGAAUGAUUUGGAUGACCAUUGACCAUAUUACCACAACAAUAAUAUUUGGAUUUUCAAAUUUUUAAAACGUAACCGGAAUUAAUAAAAUAUUUUAUUCUGUGCCUGAGGGGUCGGAAAUCUUGGACGUCCGCAUCAAUUGUGCCUGUCAAUAAUGGAUAAGUCUAUGGAGAGGAAGUUUUUGAAAACUACUGUUGCCGGAAUAUUGAUGGAAACCGGGUUUCAAGCGGCAGAACCUGGCGCCUUGGAGACCCUCGUCGAAAUGCUCUUUAGUGUGCUGUCCCAAAUGGGAAAUAGUAGUCGUCGUUAUGCAGAAGUAGCUGGGCGUCUCGAGCCUCUUGGUGCUGAUGUUAUGAUGGGUCUAAUCGACAUGGGUAUGUUCAAAAAUGCUUCCAGCCUAUUAGCUUAUGCCAAAAGAUCAAAUCGAGCUGUUCUCCCUAGCCCUGUACCAUCUGUACAGCCCCGCCAAACAAGUAACCUACAAGCAGGGACUAGACUGCCACAUCCAUCAUAUAUGCCAAGUUAUAUGCCAGCUUUUCCAGAUCCACAUGCAUAUAUCAGGACCCCAACACACAAACAACCAGUAACUGAAUAUGAAGCUAUCCGAGAAAAAUCUGCAAUUCAAAAACACGAACUUGAAAAAUCUUUAAUUAAGUUUUUAAUAAAAACUGGUCCUACUGAAAGUUUAUUUUUGAACCAAGAAAAUGAUUGCUUUGCUUUGAUAGCCAAUAAGCCACAACAACCUGCAUAUAUCUCAGCAUUGUUACCUCAAGAUCAAGUAUUUGAUGAGGAUCCUGAUGAAACUGAAAUACCAGUACCUACUAAAAAAAUUAAGUUCAAAAAAGAUAUUCAGAUGAAAGAAGACUUUGAUGAAAAUGACGAACAAGAAAAUGAAAACGAAGAAGAAGAAGAUAUAAAUAACGGUGAUGAAACUGAAUCAAAACCAGAUGAACCCAUUGACAACCCUUUCUUGAGACCUGUAAAAUAUCCAGCCGCCCCUUAAAAUUGUUCUAUUGGUCAUAUAACAAAUUUAUAAAAAAUUAUUUUGAUUCUAAAAUUAUUUUUUUUAACCAAAUAUGUGAUCAAUCCCAAACCAUUGUACAUACUGUUGUAUAUUGUUUUUUUAAGUAAAAUAUUUUAUCUCGUGAAUAUAGUCAGUGUUUUGCAAUUAAA